CAGCAAGACAUAGAGCACAACAGAAAAACAACAUGCCUGUUGGUAAUAUCUACUUGAUAGCAGCCAUCGCCAUCAUUGGCGGUGGUCUGUUUGGUUUUGAUAUCUCGUCUAUGAGCGCCAUUAUCUCUGGCAAACCAUACCGUUGCUACUUCAGCAGUAGCCGUCUGGCUGACGGAACAUGCCCAGGCCCCAACUCUGAUGUCCAGGGUGGCAUCACGGCCUCAAUGGCUGGUGGAAGUUGGCUGGGUGCACUCGCGUCGGGCUUCAUCACUGAUAGACUGGGCCGAAAGAAGGCUAUCAUGAUCGGCUCUGUCCUCUGGUGCAUUGGCUGUAUUAUCGUCUGCGCAUCGCAAGACGUCGCCAUGUUGAUCGUCGGUAGAAUCAUCAACGGUCUCUGCGUGGGCAUCUGCUCCGCUCAGGUUCCUGUUUACAUUUCCGAAUUGGCCGAGCCUAAACUUCGUGGUCGUCUCGUUGGUGCUCAGCAAUGGGCCAUCACUUGGGGAAUCAUGAUCAUGUUCUACAUCAGCUACGGCUGCUCCUUCAUCAACGGCACUGCCGCCUUCCGUAUCCCCUGGGGUCUUCAAGCCAUUCCAGCCAUCAUCCUCUUCUUUGGCAUGAUGCUGCUUCCCGAGUCGCCCCGUUGGCUAGCCCGCAAGGACCGCUGGGAAGAGUGCAAAGACGUCCUCAUCCUCGUGCUCGGCAAAGGCGACCCAAACAGCAAGCUCGUCAACGACGAAUUCGUCGAGAUCCAAGCCUACUGCGAAUUCGAGCGUCAAAACGCCGACGUCACCUACCUCGAGCUCCUCAAACCCCACAUGAUCAACCGUACCCACAUCGGUAUCUUCACCCAGAUUUGGUCGCAACUCACCGGAAUGAACGUGAUGAUGUACUAUAUCACCUACGUCUUCGCCAUGGCCGGCCUGAGCGGCAACAACCUCCUCGUCUCUUCGUCCAUCCAGUACGUCAUCAACGUCUGCAUGACCGUCCCCGCGCUCCUCUGGGUCGACAAAUGGGGCCGCCGCCCGACUCUCCUAGUCGGCGCAACUCUCAUGGGCACCUGGCUCUUCGCCAACGCCGGCAUCCUCGCAACCUACGGCCAUCCUGCCCCCCCCGGCGGCGUCGACGGCAUCGCCGCCGCUUCUUGGCAAGUCAGCGGCCACGCCGCCAAAGCCGUCAUCGCCUGCUCCUACCUCUUCGUCGCCUCGUUCGCGCCCACCUGGGGCCCCGUCUCGUGGAUCUACCCGCCCGAGCUGUUCCCGCUCCGCGUGCGUGGCAAGGCCGUGGCGCUCUCCACGUCGGCCAACUGGGCCUUCAACUUCGCGCUCGGCUACUUCGUACCCCCGAGCUUUGAGAACAUCAAGUGGAAGACGUACAUUCUCUUUGGUGUCUUCUGUGUCGCGAUGUUUAUCCACGUGUUCUUCAUGUUCCCCGAGACGGCUGGCAAGCAGCUAGAGGAGGUGGAGGAUAUGUUUACGGAUAUUAAUGGGCCGAAGAAUAUUGGCACGUUGGCGUGGAAGACCCAUGUCGGGCAGCGGGCGCCGAAGAAUGCGAUCGUGAGCGAGAAGUUGGCGGCGUUGGGGAGGACGAGUGAUGAGCAUGUGAAGUCGGAGAUGGUAUGAAAAAAGAGAAUUGUGGAAUAUACCCCGGCGGAGAGGAAGAGUCGAGGUUGAGAAAAAUAAUGGAUAAUGGCAGGGGUCGUGGCGUCUAGCUGCUCUCGUUAGUGUGGCGCUGGCGGUGGGUUUGCGGGUUUGAUAUCC